AUGGGCUUCGAGUACGGCUAUUCGUUAGCUGACCCAAAUGCACUAGUGAUAUGGGAAGCACAGUUUGGAGACUUUGCCAACAAUGCUCAGUGCAUUAUCGACAAUUAUAUUGCAUCAUCUGAAGAGAAAUGGCUCCAAAGGUCAGGUGUGGUCCUUUCCUUACCACACGGAUACGACGGCCAGGGCCCAGAGCAUACAUCAGCUCGAUUGGAGCGGUUCCUGCAAUUAGGCAAUGAAGACUCAAGGUCAUUCCCCUCCCCUGAGCAGCUGAAGCGGCAGUAUCAGGAUUGUAAUAUCCAAGUGGUAUGCAUGACCAGCCCGGCCAAUUACUUCCAUGUCCUGCGCCGGCAAGUCCAUCGCGAGUUUAGAAAGCGUAUGUCUUCCUCUUCCUUGACCAUAGUGUCGUAUGGCAGAGCACUGAUUGAAUCAUCAACUUAG